UGCCCACGUUAACACUACGCGGGCAAGCUCUCAUUCCAUCACCGUGGAAGUGGUCCAUAAAUCCACUGGAAAGUCAGCAAUUGGAGCAUAAGUUCGUACACCAAGCAUCGUUACAAAGAUGAGCGUGAUCGAGGUUAACAGCGAUGACCACUUCACCGAGCUGACGAGUGACGUCUCGCCUGAGAAGCUCAUUGCACUGUACUUCUACACGCCAUGGGCAGCUCCUUGUAUCCAGAUUAAUACCGUUUAUCAACAGCUCGCACAGCAGAACCCAGAGGUUGCGUUCCUGUCCAUCAACGCCGACGAGCACCCUGACAUCUCUGAGCUGUUCGAGGUGAGUGCUGUUCCGUAUUUCGUGCUUAUCAAGAACGACACGAUCUUGAAAGAGAUCUCUGGUGCUGAUCCACAGGAAUUCGUCCAGGCGUUGGAAGAGCUUCAACAGGGCACAGCAGCAGGCCAACAGCAGCAGCAGACGAGCCAGCAGGCUCCACUAGCACAGACUCAGGCCCAGACCGCUUCUGCCACUUCGUCACAGCCUCCUGCGGAGGCUCAGGAGGAGGAAUCUCCAGAGGCCUUGAAUGCCCGUCUCAAGCAGUUGACAGAGGCAUCACCUGUUAUGCUCUUCAUGAAGGGAACGCCAGCUUCACCUCAGUGUGGAUUCUCGAGACAGCUCGUCGCUAUCUUGAGAGAGAACCAGGUGAGAUUCGGGUUCUUCGAUAUCCUCAAGGACGAUUCUGUUAGACAAGGCCUGAAGACGUUCUCAGACUGGCCAACUUUCCCACAGUUAUACAUCAACGGCGAAUUCCAAGGUGGGUUGGAUAUCAUCAAGGAGAACCUGGAGGAGGAUCCAAACUUCUUUCAGAACGCUGUAAAUGCUAACUAGGUGGUUUGGGUUCGGUAAAAACCCCUCGUCAUAUAGUGUUAUCUAUUAUAAAUUGCAAUCUUAUAAUGUUCGUUAAUAAUGCUAUGUUAGUUAAUCUUGUUCAGAAAUCAGAGUCGUCAAAAUCGUGGGAACCAUCAUCUAAGUCCUCUAGAAGCUCCAGGUUGGUCAAAGUCUUCUGUAGCGUUGGCCUUUGGGAGAUUUGCACCAGUUCUCUUUCGAAUGUAUCGUCAACGUCAGGUAUAAUCUGAUCUGUAUCUUCAAUAUCACUAUCUGUGACUAUUGGAUCCUCUUCUUCGUCUCCAUUAUCACCACCGUCGAGGUCUGCAGAAGUGCUAUCCAGUUCCAUAUCUCUGUACUUGAAAUACUCCAGGUUAUUGCUCGAGCUGGCAUAAUCAACAUCAUCAUCUGCUGUAGGGG